UCUCUCUCCCUCUGGCGCGAGUCACGCACACCCAAACCCAUUCUUCUCUCUGCAAGGCUCGGAGGGAAAAACUUUUCGUAUUCCAUGGAUCAUUGUUGAAACGAGCAAACUUCCGUGGUCUACCUCUCAUUCUGGGCAGAGGACGCCAGGAGAGCGGUUCCUUUUAGGGCUCUGUCCGUGGGCUCUGAUUUUUUCCGAGAGCUCCGGUUGAGGUCACGUCGUUAACUUUUGCUUUAAUUGAGCGUAGCGGUGGAUGAUGAUUGUGCUCAUGUUAUAUGGGCAGAUAUUGGGCGAUACAUUGUGAUCCUUUUGGUGAUUGGUUCUAAUUUUUUUCCCGUGUUCUUUUUGAAGUUCAAUUUUUAGUCAGAUAUUCUGGUACGCAGCGAAGGGUUAACAGCAAUCCGAUACAUUUGAAUGAACUGUUUAAACUGUCGUGGGCUCGUGUGAGAGAAUGGUAAUGGCAAAUGAUGCCACGCGCGAGUCUGUCAUCAGGCAGCACUGUUCGAAGUUUCCGUUGCAAUCUGUUCCCGCAGGGCAGUCCGGUUCAGAAGUAGGCUGCUGUGUGUUGGGCUCUAACUUUGAGCUUUCCAAUAUUCUGAAUGGUUGUAAAUAUUUCUCUACAAAUGAAGAACCUGGUUCUGCAAGCUGUAUUGAUGUUACCGACAUGCCCAGCAAUGCUAGCGCAAGUGAAUAUGAAGAUGCUAUGUUGCUAAUGGAGAAAACCUUGGACAAUGAUUGUCAGAACUCUUGCAGGACAUUUUAUGGGCAAUAUGAAGUUUCCGACCUAGAAAAUGGUAGCUUUUGCACAGGAGAAAAAACUCACAAUCAUGAUGACUAUCAACUUUUAUCAGAGUUUAAAGCUGUAAAGGGUUUGACAAAGGAUAUGGAGAGCAAUAUAAUCUCUUCUGUAGGGGACACUUUAGUGGCUGUGGGAGAAAAAAACAAUAAUUCUGGUUUACUCACCGAUACUGGCAAUCAUAUAUUUGAUUUCAUUUAUUCUGAUUUUUCCUUGGAUUCAGAGCCUAUAACUGGAUGUCUAGUCGAUUUUCACAAAAACAGUGAGCAGGAGGACAUUCUGAGAAAUACAGAUUCCUUGGAGGUUGUAGAUAACUUCAAUGCUUUAUGUGGGAUGGAAGUAGCAGCUUGCAAGCAGAUAUCUCCUGCACAGGGUAGUGAGGUGCCUUCUGAUGCAUUAUACACAGAUGCUUUAUGUGGGAUGAAAGCGGUUGUUUGCAACCAAACAUCUUUGCAAGCUAAGAGCACUAACGAUAAGCUUAAGCUGAGUGAUCAGGAAGGUGGCGGUGAUCACAACAGUCCUUAUGAAGAAGGGGCCAAAGACACUGUUGAGAAAGAGAGUAUUGAUACAUAUGUCAAAGUAUUGUCCUCUCAAAACUUCCAGAGUACCUUGGGGAGUUCAUUGUUGGCUUAUUCACCGAGUGAGGCUAUACAAUUGGAACAGGGGACUGAUAAGAGUGACAUUGAUUCUUAUGAAGAUGUCACAAAAGUUCUGGAGCAAAAUAUUGAUGUGAUAAAUGAAAGAAAUUUUGAAAUGAAGUACAAUAUGUUGCAAAUAAAAGGAAAUUCCUCUAAAUUGAAGAAUAAUUUUCCAGAAACUUCUACCUAUUGCAACUUUUCUUCUGAAUCAGGCCUGCCCUCCUUUGAUUCUUUAAAUGAUAACCCUUCAAAGGAUGUGCCUGAUCUUCUUCUCAAGGACAAUAGCUGGGCUAUCAGUUAUAAUAACAAUGCGUGCAAUUCUGGCUGGAAUGACGAUAAAGCAAAACAAAUUUUCAAGAUUGAUUGUGUUGCUAAAAGCAAACGUAAAGACAUUGUGUUAUUGCCUCAUCAAAUGAAUGGUCAACGAAACAAAUCUCUUUGUAAGAGACAGACUGGAAGGGCUCCAAGAAAAUGCCAUAACCAGGCCAAUAUGCCUCAACAGGAGUGGGGUAUGAAGACAAUCUCAAAGGCCACUAGAAAGAAAAGAAGCUGUUUCUCAAGAACAGCUCGAUCUUCUGAGUGGGGAUCGCUAGGGAACAUUAAACAGGCUAUUGAAAUGGAUAGAGAGUUAAACAUAAAUAAAGUUAUGUUUGAAGGAUCAGGGAAGGCUAGGGUUGGCUGUCAAAGUGGAAAAACAAAUAAAAAUAGUGAAAAUUCUUGCACGUUCAAUUCAAUAUCUGGCGCUCCAAACACUGGUAUGCGUCUGAAGAUCAAAGUGGGGAAUGAGUUUAACUUAUAUUACCCAAACAUUAUGGUUCCAGAAUCUGUUGAUGGCUUGGUUUCGGCUUCCAACUCAGGACCUGGUUCAGAUUCUCAAAAUUUAGCUAUCAAUACUAAAGACAAAUUAUUUGAAGAGGUGGCUGGGGGAAAGUUUGAAUCUGGUAAAAAUAACGUUUAUAAGUAUGUUGUUGUUUUGAAUGGGCAAAUUGCCAACAACUUAGAAGGUGCUGCACUGAUGGGGAAGUCAGAUGGCAAUGCAGAGGAGCCUUGUCUGGUGGCUCCUUCAAAUAAGUUGGUUGAUGCAUUGAUAGAGCCUGUCAAUAUUAAGGGUAUGGAUCCUGGAACUGGAGCUUCACCUGAUUCAGAAGUGAUCGAUUCAAUUCCUGAAGUCCAGGUGGGAGAAAGGCAUCAAGAAGAUCUGAAUAAUAAUGAUUUUGGUUCUUCUAAGGAGUUUAAUUUUGCUGUUCUUGAUACUGCUAGCACGAGAAGGAAGAAGAAAGAUAAACUUACUUGUUCACGUAAUAAUAGAGCAAGAGAUGUGUCACCAGGUUCCCCAAGAAAAAAUAAAGCAAAUUACUCAAAAAAUCUUGGAGGUAAGAAGAACUGCACUGAUAUGGUUAGCUCUGGGGAUUUGCCAAGUUCCACUUAUAUAAAUACAUUAAGCACAAGCAGUUCUGUAGGCUGUGAUGAAAUUCAUUCAGAACCAUUGCACCUCUAUGGAGAUAUUGGAUCUAGAGAUCCAACUGAUGCUUUGGAAGUAAAAAGUAGUGUGGAGGUUAAGACACAUUGCAGCCUAGAUGUUAACAAUGAAUAUUUGGACUCCUCUGGUUCUAAUAAAUUUCUACCUUCUGAGAGACAUUUGUUUUCUAAACUUCCCAAAAGUCUUAAAUCUAAGCAUGUCAUCAGGACCAAGUCUGAAGCUUAUGAGUCAAAGAGCAGGAAAAAGACUGCUUUUAGACAUGGGGAGAAGCUGGGGAGAUCUGUCACCAAUCGCGGUGCUAAAGGAAAAAGGGUCUCUGAUAAAGUUAUAUGUAAAACAGAAGAUUACCUACGUGGAGAAAAUGACAUUGAAGAAAAAAGGACGUUGGAUUUCGGUGGAAAAAUUAAUGCUGAUGAGAACAAAGUACCAGCCGGUGUAUAUGCCCUGGACAUGGCACCUGGUGUUGGUUUGAGGGAGCAACAUCUAUCACCACGAAAUGCAUGGGUGCAUUGUGAUGAUUGCCACAAGUGGCGGCGUAUUACUGUUUCACGUGCAGAUCUAAUUGAAGAAACAAACUGUGCCUGGAAAAGUCAAACGCAGAGAUCAAUGCAGAGCUAGGAUUAUCAGAUGCAUCCGGUGAAGAAGAUAACAGUGAAGAUUGCAAAAACUAUAAGAAGCUAGAACAUCAACGUCCAAUGUUUUCUCAGGGGUCAACUUUUACUCAUAUUUCUGCCAAUGAGUUUCUGCAUCGUAGCCCCAAAACUCAGACUGUAGAUGAG